AACACAACCCUGGGAUUUGUGGUUCAGAAUGUCCCAGAGGGUAAAAGAUAUACUCUGGCCAAUCUUUUUGGAAUAUUUUCAGGCCCUGGUUUUGCCCUCCCCAACUACAGGUGUGCAAGAGAGGGCAUGUUAGCUGCUGUACUUACAGGACCAUCCUGGGCACUAUCUGAAUACAUAGGGACACUGCUGGAUCUUUAUAAAUUUCCACAGCUUACUUUUGGGCCUUUUGAUACUAUCCUGAGUGAACAUAGACAGAUCUCUUCCCUGUACCAGGUGGCCCACAAGGACACAUCUCUGUUUCUUGGAAUUGCAUCUUUAAUGCUCCAUUUUCAUUGGACCUGGGUUGGGCUUUUUAUUAUAGAUGAUGACAAAGGUGCCCAGAUUCUGUCAGAUUUGAAAGGUGACCUGGAGAAAAAUGGAGUCUGCAUAGCAUUUGUGGAAAUGAUCCUGGUCACCAGGGGUUCGUUUCUCACCACAUCCUGGAAAAAUCAGGUGCAGAUCCUGGAAUCAACGGCCAAUGUGAUUAUUAUUUAUGGUGACUCUGAUUCCCUACUGAGCUUAAUUGUAAAUAUUAAGCAGAAGUUAUUUACAUGGAAAGUCUGGGUCCUGAACUCGCACUGGGAUGUUGCUAAAUUUGAUAACUAUUUCCUGCUAGAUGCAUUGCAUGGUUCCCUUAUUUUUUCACACCAUAAAGAGGAGAUUAUUAAUUUCACAGAUUUUAUUAAGACAGCCAAUCCUUUCAAAUACCCAGAAGACAUUUAUCUUCAUGUACUGUGGCAUUCAUUCUUCAAUUGCUCGUUUUUGAGGAAAGAUUGUAAAAUUGUGGAUAACUGUCUGCCUAAUGCCUCCUUGGAGUUCUUGCCAGGGAAUAUAUUUGACAUGGCUAUGAGUGAAGAAAGUUACAAUGUGUACAAUGCGGUGUAUGUUGUUGCCCACAGUCUACAUGAGAUGAUGCUCAAUCACAUACAAUUUCAAACUGGUGGAAAAGGAAAAGAGAUGGUUUUCUUUCCCUGGCAGCUUCACCCUUUUCUAAAGAACAAACAACCCUUCAAUCAUACUGGAGACCAGGUGGUUGUGAAUUGGAAAAGGAAAUCACAUGAAGAAUAUGACAUUCUCAAUUUUUGGAAUUUUCCAAAAGGUCUUGGGUUAAAUGUGAAGGUAGGAUCAUUUUCUCCAAAUGCUCCAGAGGGCCAGAAGUUGUCCUUAUCUGAUCAUAUGAUCCAGUGGGCCAUGGGAUUAACAGAGAUUCCGCAGUCUGUAUGCAGUGUGAGUUGUGAACCUGGAUUCAGGAAAACCCACCAACAGGGCAACAUUGCCUGUUGCUUUGACUGUACCCCUUGCCCGGAGAAUGAUAUUUCCAAUGAGACAGAUGUAGAUCGGUGUGUGACAUGUCCAGAAACUCACUAUGCAAAUACAAAGAAGAACUACUGCUUACAGAAAAGAGUGACAUUCCUGGCCUAUGAUGACCCCUUGGGGAAGACACUCAGCUUCAUCUCCCUGGGCUUCACCUCUCUCACAAUUGUUGUGUUCUGGGUGUUUCUGAAACACAGAGACACUCCCAUUGUCAAGGCCAAUAACAGGGCUCUCAGUUACACCCUGCUCAUCACUCUGACCCUGUGUUUCCUCUGUCCCUUACUCUUCAUCGGUCAUCCUGGCAAAGUCACCUGUAUCCUGCAGCAGAACACAUUUGGACUGCUGUUCACUGUGGCGCUUUCCACUGUGCUGGCCAAAACUCUCACUGUACUUAUAGCCUUCAGGGUCACCACUCCAGGGAGAAUGAGGAGGUGGCUGCUGACGUCCAGGCUCCCUAAUUUCAUCAUUCCCAUCUGCACCCUGCUGCAAGUUGUUCUCUCUGGAGUUUGGCUGGCAACCUCUCCUCCAUUUAUUGACAAAGAUGCUCACUCAGAGCAUGGACAUAUUCUGGGAACACAGGCCCUAGGGAGCUACCUUAUGGCAUUCUUGUCCAGGAAUCUGCCUGACACAUUCAAUGAAGCCAAGUUCCUGGCUUUCAGCAUGCUGGUGUUCUGCAGUGUCUGGGUGAGCUUCCUCCCUGUCUAUCAUAGCACCAAGGGGAAGAUCAUGGUGGCUAUGGAAGUCCUCUCUAUCUUGGCUUCCAGUACAUCACUUUUAGUCAUCAUCUUUGCCCCAAAGUGCUAUAUCAUACUCUUAAGGCCAGAAAGGAACUCACUACAUCACAUCAGGGACAAAACAUAGGAUAGGAGGAAAACCCGUAAAGCCUAGCUCCCUUGUUUCUUAAAUUAAAGAACUUUGAAGCAUGAUUGUUCUUCCCCAUCUGAACGCUCACACAUGAAGUUAUAAAACAGCAUUUGUUCCUAUAAACUCCUAUUUCUUUCAGUCAAGUUAUU